CUUGACGUACGUACGAUUUCGAAAGCGAUCAGCUAUUUGAAUGGCAAACUGGACACCGUUUCUGCGCUGACGGAACCGCGUGAGAAUGCAUUUUUGCGCUAUCAGGAUCGCGGCCAAAUGACCCAUACAGAUUCAGUGUCCCGUGUCGCGGACGCGAAACAGGCUACACAACUGCCCCGUGCAUGCACUCCAGUCGGAACGGCCAGUCGCGCGGGACCCGGAUCAAGUCAGGAUUCACAAACUACAGAUGGGUUCCCGAACGCCGCCGCUCUGGGCGGCGGCGGUGGUGGUGGUGGUGGUUCUACUCUGCUCGAUAUCUCCCGAUGUUUGGCUGCGUUCGGACGAAUCAUUGUCAGUACCACUUAUCCGGCUUUAUGCACAGCUCGUUUGCCGCAACAAUUAGUGGUCAACUUAUACGCUCGGGCUAUCAUCCGUGCUGUAGAUUAUCACGGUCGACCUCAGUCGAGCGGUGGAACGGAUCCUGUCGAGGUCCGAUUGAUUGAUGCGGAUGGCCGUCUCGUGCCGACCGAACUGUUUGAUGCCGGGGACGGGAGUUACGAGCUAAUUCUACGCCCCGUCACACCAGGCACACAUCAACUGUCCGUACAAAUUCUCAGCCGUCCGAUUCGCGGUUCCCCGUUUCAACUUCCGGUCCGUCGCGCACAGCAACGCCGUUGGUGUCUGAGUGAAGGUUUACGAGAUUUUUUCGAUCCAUCGUGUGAUUGCCUACUGAAUUUUUCGGAUCAUUUACGAUAA